AUGUCUUCCAUCAAGGGUCCCGCUCCUCAGCACCACGACGGCUCCAGCCUGCGCAUCGGCAUCGUCCACGCGCGCUGGAACAUCGCCAUCAUCGAGCCCCUCGUCGCCGGCGCAAAGGCCAAGCUGCUGGAAGCCGGUGUCAAGGAGUCCAACAUUGUCGUCCAGUCUUGCCCCGGCGCAUGGGAGCUUCCCAUUGCUGUCCAGCGACUAUAUUCUGCUUCCCAGAUCCAGUCCAAUGCCUCCGGCGCCCCCUCAGCAACCGAUCUCCUCGGCGCUUCCACCCACGACCUAACCGCCCUCUCCGGCAGCGACUCCAGCAGCGGGCCCUUUGACGCAAUCAUCGCCAUCGGCGUGCUCAUCAAGGGCGAGACCAUGCACUUUGAGUACAUUGCCGACUCCGCCUCUCAGGGCCUCAUGCGCGUCGGGCUCGACAUUGGCAUCCCCGUCAUUUUCGGCGUCUUGACCGUGCUCAAUGACGAGCAGGCAAAGUCCCGCGCGGGUAUUAGCACAAGCGCUGAAGGCAAGGGCCACAACCACGGAGAAGACUGGGGCUUGGCGGCUGUCGAGAUGGGUGUCAAGAAGAACGAGCUGGCUGCGGGCAAGAUCCUUGGCUAA